UCCUUUCACAAGUUCAUCCAGCCAAUGUCCGUAGAAACGACAAAAUCUCUACAGCCGUCCUUCAUCAAGUCGCUACUACAAGUCUUUGCCAAUGAAUACAUACUGAUCUUGUCGUUGAUCUUUGGAGGUUGCUGCAGUAAUGUGUUUGCGCUGGAAAUCCUGGUUGGUGAUGCGCCAAAAAGUGGUCAAUUAAUCACUCUCGGUCAGUUUAUCUUUGUUGCUUUCGAAGGCUUGUUUCAUCAUGUGCAAUGGCCAAGCGCGUCUGGAUGCUGGUGGUGGCCAACUUUUCUACCAUCAUUAAAACCUCGCGCUGUACCCAUACAGCGAUGGUUCAUCUUGGUCGUUAUAUUUUACGUCGUCUCGGCUUUGAACAAUAUUGCUCUCGGCUACAAUAUAUCAAUGCCGUUGCAUAUCAUCUUCCGGAGCGGUGGCCUCAUUGUAAACAUGUUUUUGGGCUGGUUAUUGCUUGGCAAAAGAUAUUCAACCGGACAGGUGACGGCAGUCAUCUUGGUUACAAUAGGAGUUGUUUGGGCAACCAUCGCUUCAACUAAGUCUGACAGCAAGAAAGAGUCAGGGCCGUCGUCGAAUUUUGCUUUGGGAAUAUUGAUUUUGUCGAUUGCAAUGGUGCUUUCUGCUGGCUUGGGUCUUCUGCAAGAGAUUACUUAUCGCAAAUACGGAAAGGCUUGGAGGGAGGGUCUAUUUUACACUCAUGGACUAUCACUUCCGAUCUUUUUGUUUUUUUACAAGGACAUCUGGAAUCAAGUUCAGAUUUACAAUCAAUCACCUUUGGUUUCCCCGCUACAGGUGGUUGAGAAACUGCCUUUCGCCAAUGACUUGAUCUCAAUCAUACCUACAAGCAUUUUGGCUUCGUUGCAGAUGCCAAAACUAUGGUAUUAUCUCAUAAUGGACGUUUUGACCCAAUACGUUUGCAUUUCAGGGGUUAAUCGAAUGACAGCCAUAUCCACCUCACUGACGCUAAAUUUAGUGCUUAAUUUGCGAAAGUUUACAUCGUUGGUGAUAUCUAUCGUGUAUUUUAACAAUGCAUUUGAUAUGGGAGCCGUUUUUGGUUCAAUUCUGGUAUUCAUUGGUACAAUUCUGUAUACCCAAUCUGCAUCCAGACCGGCAGCACCGGCUAAAAAGUCGCAGUAAUGAGUCAAAUAGAGAGAUAUUAACAAUAAUCAAACUCAAUCAAUAUACAUUAUAAUCUUAUUUCAUAUCUUC